AUGGCAUCGGGAUUCUCAGCUACCCCAAGGAAGGAAGGGACUUGGACGAAGCUUGUCAUAUUCAUCGCGCUUUAUGUCUUGAUCUUCCAGUCUAUCUUGGAAUGGGUUCUUGUGCUCUAUCUGUACGGCAAUCGCCAGGUGGAUUCCAAGAUGACUCUCAGUGUGGUGCUCGCGUUGGUUGCAUCGUUCUUUUCGAUACCCCUUGUCGGUCUCCAGAGUCUGGUCGCAUGGCAGUAUAACAACAUUGGUGGAUUUGGAACCCAGAAGACUGUGCUGCACAAUAUCUGCACCUAUGUCUUACGCUUGGACUUGAUUCUUUGGCUUGUGACAAGUGUCACCGGUCUAGUCGUCGCCGCCCAACAGGUAUACUGCCUCCCUGCCGGAACAGAUGGGAGUUAUUGGAGAGUUGGAAUCAGUUGUGCCUUCCACAGGGCAUCUGUCAUUGUAUCGGUCACCUCGAUGGUGACGGUUUGUGUGAUGUACUGCGCGAGAGAGCUGUGCGAUCGCCCAUAUGAUGUCUCGCUUCUUGGAAUUUACAAGCGCCCGGCAAUUCUUCGCAAUGGUAGCAUUCUGUCCGGCAAUAGCUGGGAUAGUGAAGAAACACUCAAGAAUGAGAUUCUCUACCUCUGUCGCCAACAUGACGGCAAUGGAACAGGAGAGUUCUGGUCUGUCGACCCAAUUGCCAACAAGGUCAACUGUCACCCUAGUAUCCGACACCCUGCGCCUGCUCGUUUGCGACCCCAACUUCGAGUCAACACUGACCCUGGCUCGACAUACGGAGAGAUUGUAUCUGGAACAUCGAUUUCGCCCGAUGAAAAUUUGCGACGGGUUUCACCCGGAUCACAAAGCCUGACAAACGACUUCUAUCCCAUCUCGCGCAAUUCUACCGUGAUGACCACGCAGACUGCGAACGAGCUUCAUGCUCUUCUUUCGGACGCAGCUGCUCGUCAGGUCGCUGCCAUCCCAGAACAACAAAGCAGUCACAAACGGGCCAAGUCAUCACUUUCCUCUAUAAGAAGAAUGCUUCCCAAGUCGUUUCCCCUAUCACUCCCCUUGCUAUCCGACCCUCAAAUCCAAGCUCUUGCAGACCCGAACAAAGCCUCGGAUGUCGAGAAGCAGGUGGUAACACCCAACAGCAUGCCCAAGGGGAUAGCUCAAUCCCCAACCUACCAGCUCGGAACAGCCAACACGCCAAACGCCUCUUCGACAACUCUGCCGCAAACUGCCAACCCGAGUCCGGUAAAACCAGGGCACGUCAGGUCAACGACAAUGAACUCUGCAGAUGCUCCCGAAGUAGUCCCAGAGUCCGAGGUCCACCGCGCCCAAACAACGAACGCAGCCCCUGCACGCUCAAUCCACCACCCCCAUCACCCAAACUACACCUCAGGUCCCCCACCACGCGCAUACUCGCAGACCUCCCGUCAAACCUUGGGCGCGCAAAUGCGACCUGUUCAGAACUCCCAGCCUCAACGCAGCACAAGUUACCACUUUGACCCAUCCCACGCACCACGCCCCAAUCAAAACAAGCACCACCCCCAACAGCGCGGCAGUCAAAGCCAGUACUUCCCACCGACCAACCGACGGACCAGCCAGCAACGCUUCGAGAACAACCGCUCAGCACCACGUCGCAACGAUGUUGAAAUCAUCUACCCCAGCACGCGGCGUUCGCGCAGCAACACACAUGCAGCAGGUGGCCCGCUCAGCUGCAUCUACGAGACUUCAUCCAACCCACGUGCCUCCGUUGAUGACCAUCGUCCUGUCUCGGCGGUUUCGGCAGUCUUCUCCGAGCUGCCAUCCAGUCCAUCAAAUGUGAUUGAUCCGUCGACUUACCGUGGUGCGAACCGAACCAGCAUGAGCUUCCAUUAA